UUCUUUGUUGUUUUGCUGAUAUGCUGCCGGCGUCGCUGCCGCUGCCUGUUGAUAGCAGUACCACUCGCUGGGCAGCGGCGUCGGCAUCUCGGCCAGUUCUGUUGCUUUUUGGGGCCUGUCGUGCCGGCGUCGUUGUGGUGCUUACUAGUGCUUUUUUUUAUAAAUACUAUUAUUACUAUUAUUUUAUUUGGUCAACGCUCUCUUUUGUUCCGGUUCCGCGUUUUUGUACUCUCUCUAUCUGUUCGUGUGUGUGUGUGUUUGUCCGUUUGCGUCUCUUUCUGUGCGACUCUUUUUGCGUCGUUUGUCUUCGUCUGCUGCGAACGCUGCUGCUUCUUCUUCGACUACUUCCACUGCGCUGCUGCUACUUCUUCGUCGCAUAGUUAGCGUUUAGUGGUUUUUUUUUUACAAAUGUGAUAUAAUUGUGUUAAGUAUUUAUUUAUUUAAUUGCCAAAAAAACGCGCCUAAAACGCGCACACAUACAAGGAAUUCCACGUAGUAGCAGCACUCGCAGUCGCAGCAAAGUCGGCGCCAGCAGCAACCGAGCUCGCAGCAUAGAGAUCACUUCUCUCUCCGCCGCCGCAACAAUGGUAUACUCCACCAACAUUCUGCUGGCCAUCGUCACCAUCCUUACAGCUGUGUUCGUGUGGUCGCGUCGCACCUAUGUUUACUGGCAGCGGCGUCGCGUUAAGUUUGUGCAGCCGGCACAUCUGCUGGGAAACCUGAGCAAGGUGCUGCGCCUGGAGGAAUCGUUCGCACUGCAGCUGCGACGCUUUUACUUCGACGAGCGGUUCCGCAACGAGCCCAUCGUGGGCAUCUAUCUGUUCCACCAGCCGGCACUCCUCAUCCGGGACCUGUCGCUGGUGCGCACCGUCCUCGUCGAGGACUUUGUGAGCUUCUCUAAUCGGUUCGCCAAAUGUGAUCUGCGGCACGACAAGAUGGGCUCCCUCAAUCUUUUCUUCGCCAAGCAGCCGGAGUGGCGGGAGAUACGGACGAGGCUGUCGCCUGCCUUUACGGGGGCGAAGAUUAAGCAAAUGUUCUCGCUGAUGGAGGAGAUUGGCUGCGAUUUGGAGUGGUAUUUGAAAAGACUGACGCGAGAUAUGCGGAGAAGCGACGCAUCCGCACGCGGUGUGAUCGUGAACAUUAAGGACGUGUGCGACCUGUAUAACACGGACAUGAUCGCUAGCAUAGCCUUCGGACUGAGAUCGUACAGCCUGCGGAGCACGCAAUCGGAGAUUGGUUCACACUGUCAAGACAUAUUCCGGCCGAAUGUGCGUCGAAUAAUCGACUUUUUCGUGAUUUUUUACCUGCCCAAGCUGGUGCCGCUAUUACGGCCCCGACUGUUCACGGAGCCGCAUGCGGAGUUUCUGCGCCGUGUCAUCCAGCUGGUGAUCGAAGAGCGGGAGCGUGGCGGCGACCUGCGCAACGAUCUCAUCGAGAUGCUGCUCACCCUCAAGAAGGAGGCGGAUCUGCAGAAGGACAAGUCCCACUUUACUCACCAUCGCGACUUCCUGGCCGCCCAGGCGGCCAGCUUCGAGGUGGCUGGCAUCGAGACAUGCUCAGCCAGCAUGUCCUUUGCCCUCUACGAGUUGGCCAAGCAGCCUCUCAUGCAGGCCCGGCUCCGGCGCGAAAUACGCGAGACCUUCCAGGAGUCGCCGGCCGGAGCGCUCAGUUACGAGCUGAUCACCCGGAUGCAAUACCUUGAAAUGAUCGUCGAGGAGACACUCCGCAAAUACCCCAUCGUGCCGUUGCUUGAGCGCGAGUGCACCCCCAUUAACAAGAAACGCUUCUACUCGCUCCGUCCGCACGCCGAGUGCUAUGCCCGCCGCGGCAUGCCCAUCUAUAUAUCCAAUCUGGCCAUACACCAUGACCCAAAGUACUGGCCGGAUCCGGAACGCUUUGAUCCAGAACGCUUUAGCGCCGAAAAUAAAUCGCAUCAAGCCCCGAUGUCGUAUCUGCCGUUCGGCGCUGGGCCCAAGCAUUGCAUUGGCACGCAGAUUGGCCAAUUGCAGAUAAAACUGGGACUCAUAUACUUUUUGCGACAGCACCGGGUCGAGUUCUGUGAGAAGACUGUCGAGCGCAUCAGCUUUGAUGCCAAGUUCGCGCUCUUGGCCAGCGAACACCGCAUUUACCUCAAGGUCGCUGAAUGUUUAUAGCGCCGCCUUAUCAUCAUCAUCCCUAUCAUUGGCAGAAGCCUACCCGACCCGACCCGCCAGCCGCGCUCAUCGUUAGCGGGGGGAUCUUUGUCAUCAUCGUGAUUUUCGUCGUCGUCAUCAUUUGCCACAUUGUAUAUACGAGGGCAUGCCUCAAAUAAACUUUGCUACGUUCUUUUUUUUUUGUAUUUUGCAACGAAAAUGUUA